AUGGCCAAACCGCAGUUCGACCGCGCAGACGCCAGCGCGCUCCUCGACGACCGAGGCUAUCGCGGAGCCCUCAUCAGAGGGCAGAACCCGGCGCUGCUCUUCGAAAAGGGUGUACGCGAGCGCAUCACCGAGUCCUACUACUGGAAAGAGCAAUGUUUCGGUCUGAACGCUGCGACCUUGUGCGACCGCGCGGCCGACCUCAAGUUUAUCGGCGGCACGACUGGCAUUACGGGCAAGCCUACACCAUUCUUGUGUCUAGCAUUCAAGAUGCUGCAGCUAGUUCCGGACAAGGAAAUUAUCCUUGAAUACCUCAACUUUCGCGACGACGAGGAAGAUGGAUCACCGGAUGGCGAGGCCAAGAAGGAGGAAAACGGCCACACAUCCGAGGACGAAGACACAACCAAGAAGGCGCUCGAUCUAAACGCUGCAGGCAAACUCGGCGACUUCAAAUACCUGCGGUGCCUCGCUGCCUUCUACAUUCGCCUUGCCUGGGAGCCCGUCGAAAUUUACAAAACCCUCGAACCCCUCCUCACCGAUUACCGCAAGAUAAAACGACGCCUCAAGGAUGCCUUUACCCUCACGUACGUCGAUCAGUUCAUCGAUGACCUCCUCACAAAAGACCGCAUGUGCGCGACGAGUCUGUGGAAGUUGCCGUUGCGGGCGAACUUGGAGGACUUGGAUAUGUUAGAGCCGAGGGAGAGUCCGUUGGGUGACGAAAUCGAUGAGCUGGAUGAGGAACUAGACAGAAGGAGCGAUGGGAGUGAUUACAUUUUGCCGCACCAUGAGAGCGCUUCCGACCCCAGCCACAGCAAGAUAUAUGCAACGCUCACCCACCACGUCGCUGCCACGCAGUCUCCCAACUGA